UUUUGAGGAGUAAGGAGUGUGUCUCUAGCAGGUGGAGAGCUCUGUGGCACCAUGGACAGAGCAGUGCUGGCAGGGACCGGGGGACUGAGAGCGAACUCUCAGCUGGCUGCUAGGACUGAUGUGCUGUGGCCCUGAGCAUUCCUCACAGCCAGUCUGAGUGUCCUGACAUCAGACGGGGGCCCCUUCGCCUCUGGCCCUGAGUGGGGCAGCCCCAUGGGGGCUCCCUGCCUUCUGGGGCCCCUGCCAGCCUGUGGCAGGUUCGGUGUCCCUGCUGGGGAGGGGGCCGCGGGGCUCGGGGACAGCAUCCAACCGGCCAGGAAGAACCAGCAUGUGUCCAACGUGUCAGUGCAGCUGGAGAUGCGGAGCCUGUGGGAGGAAUUCAACAGCCUGGGCACCGAGAUGAUUGUCACCAAAGCGGGGAGGAGGAUGUUCCCCACCUUCCAGGUGAAGCUCUCAGGGCUAGACCCGCUGGCCGACUACGUGCUGCUCAUGGACUUCAUGCCCCUGGACGACAAGCGAUACAGAUACGCCUUCCACAGCUCCUCGUGGCUGGUGGCCGGCAGAGCGGAUCCGGCCGCGCCCGGCCGCGUCCACUUCCACCCCGACUCGCCCGCCAAGGGCGGCCAGUGGAUGAGGCAGAUCGUCUCCUUCGACAAGCUCAAAGUCACCAACAACCUGCUGGACGACAACGGCCACAUCAUCCUGAACUCCAUGCACCGGUACCAGCCCCGCUUCCACGUGGUGUACGUGGACCCACGGCGAGACAGCGAGCGCUUUGCCCACGAGAACUUCAAAUCCUUCACUUUCGCAGAGACCCAGUUCAUGGCGGUGACGGCCUACCAGAACCACCGGAUCACACAGCUGAAAAUCGCCAGUAACCCCUUUGCCAAGGGUUUCCGGGACUGCGAGCCAGACGACUGGCCUGGGGCAUCCGGACCCCUGCUGAGAACCUUGGCCCGCACUCGGGGGAUGGGCCCCUCCUCCCAGCUGAAGGACAUGCAGGAGAAAGGGCUGCCGGGCCGGCGCCGUGUCAGGGGGCAGCUCCCUGCCACCCUCCUGCGAGAGGCCACCCAGCUCCAGAACCCCCCACUCGUGCCACUCACAGGAGCCCGUGGGUUCCAGGACAGCUCAGCUACGCGGCGCCCUCUCCCCACAGAGCUGGGGGCCCCCCUGUACAAGCCCCUCUCCUACCACAGCAUGUACGUCGGGGCCAAGCCACGGUUGUCACCUUACCCGCUGCCUGCCAGCCUCCACCCAUUCAACGUCUACAGUGCCAGCCCCCCUGCUCUAAACUACGGGCAGCAGUGAUAGGUAGCGGGGCGCUCUCCCCCCGGCUGCGUGGGGGGCACAUAAGACCCACUCUGACUCACCCCCACUCCCAAGUACUCAGAUGGCUGCCCCAUGGUGAGACCCAGUUGCAGCGUGACACAGGAAGGCUCCAAGCUGAGAGCCUCUCUAGGAGGCCCCCUGUUUCCCCACUCACAGUAUCCCUGGCCAGGCUGGGCUCCCCCUAUCCUAGCCAGCUGCUCGAGGCAGGGCUGCGGGGCUCCCCUCCCUCUCCGCUGCUGCAGGGCCGGCCCCCUGGGCCAUGAGCUGCCGCACAAGUCUCCCCAGCUUGUGGCCAUUAAAUGUCCCUACACAAGCCUUUGGUGUCGGGGGAAGCCCUGACCACUGACCCAGGAGCAGGAGCCACAGCUCAUGCCCAAGACCCAGGGCAGGGCGGUGCCCAGAGUGCAUAGCACAUCGCUGGUCAGAUCCUGCCCCCGUCCCGCUCAGGCAGGAGCUGCCCUCAGCCCCCCUCUCCCUCCCAGCCAGUACUGACCAGGGGGCAACCAACAGAGCCUUGGCCCCAGCUGGUCUGGCACAUGAUUCACACCCAGGGGUGCUGGACCAAUUUAGCGAGGGGAGACAGCGCCAGCUGGUGCCAGCGUCGGGUAACUGCACCAAGGGCUGUGCAAGGUGCCGCUCCGCUCGAGUGAGAUCGGUUGGGAGAGCUGCCCAGACCGAGGGCAGGGCAGGUUCACGCUCCGGAGCGGGGAGCUCAGCUGGCCAGGCCCAGUGAGCACCACCAGAGGCCCAGUGGUUUACGGUUACACACCGACAAGCACGGGGCCGUUU